UCUUUUCCUUCAUAAUGCAGAGAUGCCAGGCUGCUUGAAGUUCGACUUGGAAUCCUCACCGCAUGAAUUAUAUGAUCACCAACCCUUGCAAUUAAAUGUAGAUGAUUACCAGCGUGUAUGUCAAAUUCCAAAGAAGAAGGGUGCAAACUUCAGGGAUCUGCCUGGGGUACGAGUUCGUCCAGACAACAAAGUUGAAUGGGAUCCAGAUGUAGAAAGAGUAAAGUUGGCUUCAGGGAAGCCUUUGGUUCCUGAUUAUGCAAUGAGUUUCAUGGGUGGUAGUUCAAUCAAACCAUUUGGUCGGCUUUGGUGGGACGAGACCGUUCCUACUGUCGUGACACGGGCAGAACCUCAUAACCAGAUUAUAUUACAUCCAACUCAAGAUAGAGUUCUUACUAUCCGUGAAAAUGCCCGACUCCAGGGCUUUCCAGAUUAUUAUAAACUUGUUGGCCCUAUAAAAGAAAGAUAUAUUCAAGUUGGAAAUGCAGUUGCUGUGCCAGUUGCCCGUGCAUUAGGUCAUUCAUUGGCUUUGGCAUUAAAAGGGUUCUCAGGAAAUGAACCCUUAUUUACUCUGCCAAAGGAAUUUCCAAGAAAUUCAGACGUUCCUGCCCCAGAAAUUUUAUAGCCUAGGUUCAUUUUAUGACUUAAUAUUUAUGGAUCCCAUUAUUUUGGUAAUUAAGUUACUGAGUUAUAAAUUCUGUUUCGGGGACUAUUAUUAGUAGACGUAUACGACUCUCUGCAUUUGUGCUAUAAUGUAAACUUCUAUUAUUUCAAAUUCAGCAUUUUAAAUACAAGUGUAAUUUAUCUUUCUGUGGUCUAA